AUUCGAAAUAGGAACUGGGGGGUGAAAAGGUAUUUUCUAGAAGAAUACAUCUAUAUAUAAUUUAAAUAAGGAAAGUAUAAUAAAUCAAGUAAAAAUAUCAUGCGAGUAGUGGUUGGUUAAUUGCGAAUUGCAAAGGCAAACCCGUAAUUUAAAGCAAAAGGCAAGGCUGUUCCUAUAAGCCACUGCAAGUUGUUUGGUUCUUUUUCUUCUCUCUGAAUCGCUCAUUCUCUGUAAUACACGAGAGAGAAAAUCAGAAACGUAAGAAUUCUGUCGAGAAAACGUAAGGAGGAGAAACUCGCUGGUGGAUCGAGGGGAAAUAUAUCUGUGUUUUGGUUUAAAUGAGGAAGGAGAUGAAGAGUUGUGAGCUCUGUAAGUUGGCGGCGACCACGUAUUGUGAAUCGGACCAAGCCAGUUUGUGCUGGGGUUGCGACGCUUUAGUCCACGGAGCCAACUUCCUGGUGGCGAGACACGUGAGGUGUCUUCUAUGUCACGGUUGCCAAUCUCCGACUCCGUGGAGAGCCACUGGUUCCAAGCUCGGUCACACGGUCUCCGUCUGUGAGAGGUGCGUUAACGGCGGCGAUCGAGAAGAGAGCGAAGCGGAAAAUGACGGUGACGGCGGUAUCAACGACGACGAUGGAGAUGAUUCCGAUGAUGACGUCUCAGUUGAAAAUGAUGUGGAGGACGGAGAUAAUCAGGUGGUGCCGUGGUCAUCAGCAGUAGCGGAUACACCUCCUCCGGCGUCCAGUUCUUCUAGUAGCGUAGAUUAUUCCGCUGGUGAAAGAGAAGUCUCUAGAUCAACGAAUUUGUUCUCGUUGAAAAGGUCGAGAGGAAAUGCUUCAGAUCUUCACCCACAGGACGAUCCAGAUCGUUUAUCUCCUAAACGGAGGUACGGUUUACAGAAAAGAGGAUGAAUCCGUUUCGGUUGACUCCAGGUGAUCAAAUAAACAACAGAUCAAACCGGUGCAAUUCAGUCCGAGAAGCACGAUUGAGUAGAGAGAGUCAUUAGGAGGAAAAAAAAAAGUAAAGUGUACGAGAAAAUCCAGUAAAAAAAUCUUAAAAAAUCGUUAGUAAUUGUAAUCUCUUAGCCGUCCGAUUUGAGUUGAUUUGCCUGCUAUUUCUCAUCGUCUUUAACCUACUCUAACAAUAGUCAUUGAUAGGAAUGUUGAGACCCCUGUAGGCCUGUAGUUUGGGUUUAUUUGUACUAAUAAUCCAAAAAAAUUCAAGAGUGCUAAUUACUGCAAAAACAAAGUGUGAUCUUUUGUUCUGAUACUUUUCCAGAUUAAUGUUGUUUCUUUAGCAGCCUUAAGGAUGUGUAGCAAGUGGAGGAGCAGAUAGAGGGUCUGUGUCCUUGAUUCUUUGAACGACAUCCGCUAAUAAAGCUGGCUGGCCAUUCAGGCUAUCCAUCGUUUCACCAGCCCUAUGGACGUCAGAAUUUUGUCUGUGAAAUGCCAUGGACAAUCACAAGGCACGUAUACCAAUUUGAUUUUUUUUGGUUCUAAAAUGUAUUUUUGAGGAUAGACAGGAUUGUGCAUGUCCAUCACUUGUAAUGCAUAUUCUUCUACUAAAACAAGCAAGUUGGGGAAUGAGUGUGGUGCAUGUAUUUGUGUAUUGCCUAAUAUGUAAACAAACAUUUCAUUUUAUGUCUA